ACACACACAAACACAUACAGAAAAUAUGGGAUUGUAGCUGCUUAUAUAAGUUAUAAGUACAGAAAAGAAAAAAAAAAGCAAUUAAAAAGAUUCAUAAAACACAUAUAUUAUUUCAACAUGUCUUGUAUAUUUACUAUCCAAAAUACAUAUUCUCCAAUAUGUUAUUCUUUAAAAUCACACACAUACAAAUCACAAUCCUUAUCUUAUAACUCCCAAUCAUUAUUAAAGUUGAAAAAGCUUCCAAUCAUUCAAACAAGGAAAUUCAGUUCCACAAUCCAAGCUGCUCAAUCUGGGUUUCUUAAAGUGCUUCAAACAGCAUAUAAGGUUGGAAAGGAUGGAAUUGAAGCAGGAACAACUUUAGUGCCAGAAUCUGUUCCAAGACCAAUUGCUCGGAUAUCUGUGGCUGUAAUUGGGGCGACCAUUGCACUCUUUCUACUCAAGUCGUUCUUGUCCACAGCUUUCUUUGUUCUGGCAACAAUGGGACUGAUUUACUCGGCAUUCAUCGCGCUAAACAAAGAUGAAGGUCCUAAAGGGGGCGGAGGCACCUCCAGCACCACCACUUCAACAGACGAAGAGAGCCUCGAAGAAGCAAGAAGAAUUAUGGAAAAGUACAAAUAACUAUUUUGACCAAACUCCAUUAAUAUUCACUAGCUUUUGCAAAGCUUGUUAAAUACAAGUAAAUUUUGUACAUCCAUGGAACCCAUUUUAUAUAUUUUGAGCUCACAGUUUUCAGUA